AUGGACGGCGAGUGGAGCGACGGGGCGGCGGCGUCCUCGCCGAUGGUGUCCGGCGGCGAGAGCAAGGCUGGCGCUGCUGGUGUCGUUUCGUCGUCGGCUGAUUGCCCAGGGUCGCCGGUGUCGACUGCGCCACCGUCGACGUCGCCAGCUGCUGCUACCGGUACCGGGAGGAGGCGGUCGGCGAACAAGCGGGUGGUGACCGUGCCGCUGGCCGACGUCAGCGGGCCUCGGCCCAAGGGCGUCGGCGAGGGCAACACGCCGACGGACUCGUGGGCGUGGCGGAAGUACGGCCAGAAGCCCAUCAAGGGCUCGCCUUUUCCGAGGGCUUACUACAGGUGCAGCAGCUCCAAGGGGUGCCCGGCGAGGAAGCAGGUGGAACGGAGCCGGGCCGAGCCGGACAAGGUGAUCGUCACGUACUCGUUCGAUAAGGCGCCAAAGCUGGCAAUGGCACAUGAAAAACGAAAAAGUUCAGACGCCCAUAUAAGUCUAAGGACAACUGAGUCAUUCUCCAGAGUCGUUACCCACCGUUAA